GAAAGACUAUGUACAUGGACACCAAUAAAAUGAAGAAAAAGGGAAUUCGAAAAGAAAAAAAAAAGUGAAGUUUAAGGUGAACUGGAAUUUUUGUUGAGCUCGUGUAGAGACGAAAAUGAAGCCAUGUGUAUGCAAGACAGUAACCCAGAAGAGCCCUCUUCCUAUCGACACGAUUUCGACAGUUCAUCCUGCCAAGUAUCAUCCCAUCCCCUGGUUCAGCCACGUUUCAUCCCUUCCCACUUUCUCGCUCUAAUUCCCCCAAUUCAUUCAUUUUCUUUUAACACAUCCCUCCAACAAUCCCACAUGCACUAUCCUUUUCCAUGUUGAAUCCAGGAGCCAAGCAACCGCCGCCGCCGCAGCAGCAGCAGCAGCAGCAGCUCAAAAGGGCCUCCUCUUCUGCCCAUCCCAGCUCAAGAAAGGGCUGUAUGAGAGGCAAAGGAGGCCCUGAAAACGCUUCCUGCACUUACAAAGGUGUCCGUCAAAGAACUUGGGGCAAAUGGGUUGCUGAGAUUCGUGAGCCUAAUCGUGGGGCUCGUCUUUGGCUUGGCACUUUUGAUACCUCUCAUGAUGCUGCCAUGGCUUAUGACAAUGCCGCUCGUCGCCUCUAUGGCUCUGACGCCAAGCUCAAUCUUCCUUCCUCUGCUGCAGAGCCUGAGAAGUCUGUGGUAAACAAUGGCGGGAUGGGGUUUGGGGAGGAGGACGAAAAUGGUGGGCUUUGGAGGUCCAUGAGUAUUAGCUUAGAUGAUUCCAUUUGGGUUGAUGCAACCAUGUCUUUGGAUUUCCCUGUGAUGGAAGAUCAGAGCCUUUUGGCUGCGAAUUUGGUGGAUGGAAAUGGCUGGGACACACUACAAUGGUGCUUAUGA